GCUCGAUCAACCGAGCAUCCACCGCGCCUCCAAAUUGGUUUGUCAUUUCUGACCCCUCUCUCUCUCCCUCCGUGUGUGUGUGUGUGUGUGUGUGUGUGUGUAUGUGUGUGUAUGGGUUUGACCACGGUCCUCUGCUCCGCUGCGCUCUGCGUCUGUGGACUUCAGCAGAAGUCAGUAAGAACAUAAAGGCAGCCGGGAAAGAUAAAGACAGAGAGAGAGAGAGAGAAAAGGGAGGGAGGGGAGGAAGAGAUACAGACAGACGGAUAGAGAGAGAGAGAGAGAAACGCCUCUGUCCUCCUCCAGCACUUCACUGGACUUCAGUGCAUUUGCACGGACGCGAUACAUCCUCCUGUGUGAGCGCUGAUCGGGAUACUAAGCACGCAGCUAUUGGUUUAUUACACCCUCAGCUUUAUCUCCAUCCUCUCUUUCGGUCAUUUUUACCCACGUCGUUUUUUGUUUUUUUUUGCAGCAGCAGAAGCAUAAAAGAAUCAACCACAGACCCGGAGUCGAGGCGGUGAAAUUAUUCAUCGACUAGGAAGAAUUAUUUCGAUCCAAAGAUCUGCGUUCUGUGAGGACUGUAUGAAAGAGCGCAGAAAAGGUUAUUCCUGACUCCUCUGUGCGCUGGAUGUGUAUAUAUGCGCCCAUAUCGCUGCGACUGGUAAUACGGACCAGGACGUCCAGCUGCCAUUGAGAUGUGAUUCUCUGGGGUUUCAUUUCACUUUCACAAAGCAAAGUACACUAUAACAGGCCUGUAUGGUGUCAGGAACACUGAGCUGUGACAAAAACAGCUCACCACAAGGCCGUCUGGGCUCAGCAGGAAGUACCUCCAUAUCUACUUCCAGGUCAACCUCAGACGUCAUGUGGACCAGAUGCCUGCUCUUCGUCUCGACCUUGUUUGCUCCUAUCGCCAUUGCCUAUGGCCGUGCCCCUAUCCCCAUGGCAGUGGUGCGCAGGGAGCUGUCCUGUGAGUCCUACCCCAUCGAGCUGCGCUGCCCAGGCACAGACGUCAUCAUGAUCGAGAGUGCCAACUACGGCCGCACCGAUGACAAAAUCUGUGACUCAGACCCCGCCCAGAUGGAGAACACGCGGUGCUACCUGCCGGAUGCAUACAAGAUCAUGUCACUCAGAUGCAACAACCGUACCCAGUGUGCAGUGGUGGCUGGGCCUGACGUCUUCCCUGACCCCUGCCCCGGCACAUACAAAUACUUGGAGGUCCAAUAUGAAUGUGUCCCAUACAAAGUGGAACAAAAAGUAUUUCUCUGCCCUGGCAUUCUGCGAGGGGUGUACCAAAGUGAACACCUCUUUGAGUCUGAUCACCAGUCCGGUGCAUGGUGCAAAGACCCAUUGCAGGCUUCAGAUAAGAUCUACUACAUGCCCUGGACGCCAUACCGCACAGACACACUGACAGAGUACUCGUCAAAGGAGGAUUUCAUCGCAGGCCGUCCCACCACCACCUACAAACUUCCACAUCGUGUGGAUGGGACUGGUUUUGUCGUCUACGAUGGCGCACUGUUCUUCAACAAGGAGCGCACCCGCAACAUUGUAAAGUUUGACCUACGCACUCGCAUCAAGAGUGGUGAGGCCAUUAUCGCCAAUGCCAACUACCACGACACAUCACCAUACCGCUGGGGGGGGAAGUCGGACAUUGACCUAGCAGUGGAUGAGAAUGGACUGUGGGUGAUCUAUGCAACGGAGCAGAACAACGGACGUAUUGUUGUGAGCCAGCUCAACCCCUAUACCCUGCGCAUUGAGGGCUCAUGGGACACCAGCUAUGACAAACGCUCCGCCUCCAAUGCUUUCAUGAUCUGCGGAGUCCUGUACGUGGUCAAAACUGUCUAUGAAGAUGACGACAAUGAAGGGACGGGGAACAAAAUCGACUACAUGUACAACACUGAUAAGAGCAAGGAGAUGACGGUUAACAUACCGUUCCCUAAUUCCUACCAGUACAUCGCUGCAGUGGAUUACUAUCGCCCACCUCCUAUGAUGCCACCAAUCAGAGGAGGAGGAGGAGGGGGAGGUCCAGUUGGUGGUGGUGGUGGUUCCUCCUCUUCAUCUACCAGCCGCACCACCACUACCCGUUCACCGCCCUACUACACCACUCCGCGGCCCCUCCUCACCACCUCCCCUGGCCAGCGCUAUCGAACCACCACCACAAUUCGCCAGCCUGUCCUGGUUCCUGACGGCGGCUCGUCAUCUGACACCAACCAGAUUCCCGACACCAACAAGAAAGCUAUAGGACGAUCCCCUCCAGUGCAAGUCCCUCCAGCAGCCCCACAACCUCCUGCCCUGCCUCCCCAAGACUUCUGCAGUCCAAGGGUGACAGCCGACAUAUCGUGGCCCCGGACACAGCAAGGCCAGACAGCCAAGCUGCCCUGCCCUGUAGGGACACUGGGCGUGGCCACAUACGUGUGCAUGGCCCAUUUGGGCUACUGGGAUCCUCAAGGCCCUGACCUCAGCAACUGCACAUCGCCCUGGGUCAACCACAUCAUGCAGAAACUCCGUUCGGGCGAGACGGCAGCAAUCGUGGCGAGGGAGCUGGCAGAGCAAACCAAAGGGCUUCUGCGUCCUGGCGAUGUGCCAUCCACGGUGCGGGCCAUGGCCCAACUGGUUGAACUGCUGGAUGUCCAGCUCAGGAACCUCACCCCUGGGGGCAAGGACAGCGCUGCCCGCAGCCUCACCAAGCUUCAGAAGAGAGAAAGGUCCUGCAGGUUUUUCACACAGGCUAUGGUGGAGACUGUGAAUAAUCUGCUGCAGCCACGAGCCCAGGCAGCGUGGAGAGAGCUGCCCACCAGCGAGCAACUGCACUCGGCCACUCUGCUUCUCGACACUGUGGAGACUGGGGCUUUUAUGUUAGCUGACAACCUCCUCAAGACUGACACUGUGCAGGAGAGUAAUGACAACAUCCAGCUGGAAGUGGCAAGGCUGAGCACGGAUGGGAACCUAGCAGACCUGACAUUCCCUCAGUCAGAACUACAUGGAAACUCCAUCCAGCUGUCAGCCAGCACUCUCAAACAGCACGGCAGAAACGGUGAGAUCAGGAUGGCCUUUGUCCUGUACAGGAACUUGGGUUUAUACCUGUCCACAGAGAAUGCGAGCGUGAGACUGAGCAGCGAGGCGGUUUACCCUAAUUACUCUGUUAUCGUCAACUCCCCGGUCAUCACAGCAUCCAUUAACAAGGAGAGCAAUAAGGUUUACCUGUCUGAGCCUGUGGUCUUCACCGUCAAACACCUGCAGCAUUCGGAAGAGAACUUCAAUCCCAACUGUUCAUUCUGGAGCUACUCCAAGCGCACCAUGACGGGAUUCUGGUCUACCCAGGACUGUCGUCUGCUGGCCACCAAUCGCACACACACCAGCUGCUCCUGUACACACCUCACCAGCUUUGCAGUGCUCAUGGCCCACGUGGAGGUCAAGAAAGCAGACAGCAUGCACGACCUGCUCCUAGACGUCAUCACAUGGGUGGGGAUCCUAUUGUCGCUGGUUUGCCUACUUAUCUGCAUCUUCACAUUUUGCUUCUUCCGCGGUCUGCAAAGUGACCGCAAUACCAUCCACAAGAACCUCUGCAUCAGCCUCUUCAUCGCUGAGUCACUGUUCCUGGUUGGGAUCAACAGAGCCGAUCAACCGAUUGCCUGUGCAGUCUUCGCGGCCUUGCUCCAUUUCUUCUUCUUGGCAGCCUUCACCUGGAUGUUCCUGGAAGGGGUGCAGCUCUACAUCAUGCUGGUAGAGGUGUUCGAGAGCGAGCACUCCAGGACUAAGUACUUCUACCUGGCAGGAUAUGGAGUGCCUGCUGUCAUAGUGGCUGUUUCUGCUGCAGUGGACUACAGGAGCUACGGCACCGACCGAGUGUGCUGGCUGCGAUUGGACACGUACUUUAUAUGGAGCUUCAUAGGCCCUGCUACACUUAUCAUUAUGCUGAAUGUAAUCUUCCUCGGUAUCGCUCUUUAUAAGAUGUUCCAUCAUACGGCCAUUCUCAAACCAGACUCUGGAUGUCUGGACAACAUCAAGUCUUGGGUGAUCGGGGCCAUAGCCCUGCUGUGUCUGCUGGGCCUGACAUGGGCUUUUGGCCUGAUGUACAUCAACGAGAGCACCGUCAUCAUGGCCUACCUUUUCACCAUCUUCAACUCCUUGCAGGGCAUGUUCAUCUUCAUCUUUCACUGCAUACUGCAGAAGAAGGUGCGUAAAGAGUACGGCAAAUGUCUGCGUACGCACUGCUGCAGUGGCAAGAGCGUGGAGACGUCUAUUUCCUCCUCCAGCAAGACCACCACGUCACGGACCCCGGGCCGCUACUCCACAGGCUCACAGGUGAGCUUACCUGCCUGCACACCUGGACGCUACAGCACAGCAGACUCUCAGAGUCGUAUCAGGCGGAUGUGGAAUGACACUGUGAGGAAACAGGAGUCUUCCUUCAUCACUGGAGACAUCAAUAGCUCCGCCACGCUCAACAGAGGAGCCAUGGCUAAUCAUCUUAUAACUAAUGCUCUCCUUCGUCCCCAUGGUACUAACAAUCCUUAUAACACUCUCCUGGGGGACUCGGCAGUCUAUAACAACCCAGCCGUGGGCAUGUACAACACCCAAGCACCUUACCGAGACACAAAGGGCAUCCUGAACAACGCAAGAGACUCCAGUGUUAUGGAUACGCUCCCUCUAAAUGGUAAUCAUGCCAACAACUACAGCAUGGCCAGCAGUGAGUACUUGAGCGACUGCGUCCAGAUUCUAGACCGUAGUGGUGGCUAUGGCACCCACAGCAACCACAAGGAGACCACCCUGGAGAAGAAGAUCCUGAAGGAGCUGACCUCCAAUUACAUCCCAUCCUACCUAAACAACCAUGAGCGAGCCACCACCGAGCGCAAUCACAACCUGAUGAACAAGCUGGUCAACAGCAGCAUGGCCAAUGGAGGGAGCAUGGCAGGAGGCAGUAGCAGCAGCAGCAGCAGUGGGGUAGGUGGGUGUGUGGGCAGCAGUAAAGAGGACAAUGGUCCCAUGGUGCUGGACAACCCUGCAGCCUUCCCCCAUGAGGAGAACCUGGGUUUGGAGAUUAUAAGAGAGGAGUCCAACGCUCCGCUCCUCCCACCACGGCCUCCUCCACCAGACAGCCACCCCCCACCUCCGCCACCUCCCCACAGCUUCUCCCGUCCACGGCGCAUUCCCCAGGAGACCAGCGAGAGCUUCUUCCCCCUGCUGACCAACGAGCACACUGACGAGCACACGCAUUCGCCGAACCACAGAGACUCGCUGUACACCAGCAUGCCAGUGCUGACGGACCUCCCGGAUGGGCAGAUGAACGGUUUAACAGACGGAGAGGAAGACAGCUCUGGGGAGCUGCAGCCCUGUAAGAGUGCCACUGCUCCGGAGCUUGAUGACGUCUAUUAUAAGAGCAUGCCAAACUUGGGCUCCAGGAAUCACCUUCACGAGCUACAGAGCUACUACCACAUGGGCCGUGGUGGCAGUGAUGGAUAUAUGGUGUCCGGCAGCAAGGAGGAGUCCGAUUCGUCGCCCGAGGAGCCGCCCAUAGACCCUUCCCACCUGGUUACCAGUCUAUAGAGCCAAUCAAGAGACUUCUAUCCCUCCCCAGCCCACUCUCACACUUCCAACCCUCCAAUGAAAACAUUCUGUGUCGUUGACUGGCAGUCUGAGCUGGCCUGUCACCCUGGAAUGAUGUACUGUGUGUGAUAUUAACUAUGGUUCAUGACAAUAUAGUUGAGUUAUCGCCGGUCAAAUGAAAACAGGGACUGAAUGUAUUGUCAUAAAUGGUGCAGACUGAAAGGGUGGUUCUGAGAGACUUUUUGUGAACAUCAAACAAAAGUGGAACUUUUAACCUGGAAUAGAGAGGAAUGGGGAGGGAUUCUGUAAUUUUACCCUACCUGUUACUUUAUUUGGAAUCUUGGAUUGACUGAAGCCCUACAAGUUCCUCAAUAUGGACCUCUAGCAGAUAAUAGCAUAUAGUCUCCACUACCACCACUACAGGGGCGUGGCCCCCAGCCCUGGUUAAAGGAGCUGCCUGUCUGUUUGUGUGUAUGUCUGUCUCUCUGUCUCACUCUUAAAGACACAUACUGGGAUAAUGUUUCCACCUCUCCAAAGGGUAGAGCAGGAUAUUAAACUCUGGUGUUCACAAGAUAAACUGGCCUUAAAGAGGCCCUGCCCCACUACCUGCCAAUCAAGUGGAGGAUGUAUGAUAUAUGCCCUCACUACUGAUCAUCCCAAAAACUAUUUUAUUGGGCAACCGAACUAUACCCAUAUCACGCUGAUGUUCUGAAUUCUCUUCCUGUUCGUAUCUGCUAAACUGGAGUUUUGUCUGGGCUGGUGUAACAUUCCUGCAAGUUGUAGUGACAGCGGCUACUGUGCAUUUCACUGAAAACAAAGAAGGAAGAUCAUAUUACAACAGACUGAAUUAAAAAAAAGAAUGGGUUCCGUUUCUUCUCCUUUCUGUAAAAGUUUUCAGUUAUCAAAAGGACUAUAAAGAAAUCACAAACUGUUUCUAUGUAUUGUACAGAAUACAGAUACAGAUACAAAUGUUGCAUAUGACCAAGUCUUUUAUUUUUGAAUUUUACAUUGCAAACCUUUUGUCUGUGGAACUGUUGAAUGUUGAAAUGUGAUGACAUCUAGUCACGUGUAGACUACAGAACGAGCAAGGAACAAUCUUUCAUGUCACUCUUUCGUAAAUACAGCGACAGUUAAGCACUCCUUAAUUAAUACUCAUAUACCCUACACACACUUCAUUCUGGUCCUUUUUAUAGCAACACCACUGUCACUUACAUUUUGCAAAUCAAUUGUUACUAUAUACUUUACCACUGUGUAGAUUUAAAAUGAAAAGGAAAGUGAAGCGGCAAAGUUAUGAGACAGUUACUAUGGAAAUGCAACAUUUUAGCCUUCGCUGGAAGUGGGUCUCAUCUCAUUUGUUCUUGAAUAAAGCAUUGUCUUCCUUUAGGCCUAAAGAGGAGUAUGGGAGAGAAAAAACUACAAAAAUACCAGAUAUUUGAGGUAACACAAGAAAGGUUUAUGAAGCAUAUCCUCUCUAUUGCCAAAUAUUCUGCCAAUUGACAUUACCUUGCUCUGCGGGUUGAGAUCUUGUACAGAAAAAGAAUAAUAAAUGUCAUUCUCUUAACUAAAAAAAAUUUCCACUAUUUGAAAAAGGGUGGGUCUCAAGUGUGAAAUGCCAUGAUUACACCAUAUAUGUGUACUGAAGAUGUGAAAACUCUGCACACAUCUGCACUGUCCAAUGUGGAAAGCCAAUGUUUACUUAUUUAGGAGGAAAAUUUCAUAAGUGUAUGAAGUGAAGCUUGCACAUGUAUCCCACAAGCCCCCUCCAUGUCCCCAAGAGAGAAAUUAUUUAUUUAUCUGUUUAUUGGUUUAAAGACAGCAAAACAAGCUUGGAGGAAAAAAAAGUUGGCUUUAGGCAGGAGUAAAUAAACUGGCACUGGGUUUGUUUUAUGGUUCUUUUUUUAAAUUAUUAUGAUCAUGAUUAUUAUUACAAUAUUAUUGCUAAUUAUUUAUUCUUUUUGUAUGGGUUCCAAGUUGAAUGAUCUCAUAACUAAUAUUUGUUGUAACAGUGAAAGUUGUUUGCCAACAAAUAAAUUACUGACAUAG